AUGUCAUUAAAUGAAGACUUGGGUAUCCACACCCCUCUUCUGGAUUCCGCUACUUCCCUCAACGACUUGAUAGCUGGUGUUGAGAAGAAACCUGUUGCCAACAAGGAGAACAAAACUCCUACACCUUCUCCAACCCCAUCUCGUUCCAACAAGCCAUUGCCCUCUUUGAAAGACUUGCCCUCUUUGGUCUCUAAGGACACAUUCGCCAAUACUAAGGUGGAAUGGGGUCCCAAUAUGAAACCAGCCCCGUUUGUUUCUGCCAAGCAUGGCUCUGGGUCGUCGAAAGGCUCAAAUGGUUCCAAUGCUACUCGUAUGAAAUCCAGAAAUAUUCAGGAAACGUUUACUCUAGACCUACAAUCUCAACUUGCGAUCUCCAAACCUGAAUUGUCCAAAAUAAUGCUCUCCGUUAAGCAAAACUUCAAUGUUUCGGUUGAAUCAACAUUAUCCAAAAACUCUCGUACGUUUUUGAUUUCUGGUGUUGCCGAAAACGUUCGCAGCGCCAAGAGGGAAUUAGUCAAAAAGUUAACCAAACCGAUUACCGCCACGUUCGUUGUUCCAACAAAGUGUAAAGCUGCUAUCAUUGGUGCUGCUGGUAAGACUAUCCGUGAAAUCUCCAGCAAAUUUGACGUUAGAAUUGAUGUCUCCAGGGAAGAAAACCAAGACUUUUACGACGAAGAUUUGGAUGACACCACAUCUGAUGUAACCCUGUUUGGUGACUUUGAAUCUGUUAACUUGGCAAAACAGAGAAUCCUAGACAUUGUCAAGGAAGAAACAAAACAUGCGGUCAUGACAGUGAAGGUCGACAAUGAGUCGCUGCUUCCAUUUGUAGACCCUGAAAACUUCCCUGACCUUGCUGCUGACGUGCAGUGCCGUUACCAUGCUACGUCUGGGGAUAUUGUACUAUCUGGUCUACGUGAGGAGGUGCAAGACGCUAAGACCAAGGUCCAAAAAUAUCUUGAGAAGCUGGCACUAGAUUUGACUGAACAAAAGGUCAAAAUUCCAACUAAAUUCCAGUUUCUGAUUGAUGCUGCAGAAUUGAAGGAAAAGUUCAAUGUCACUGUCACCUUCCCUACUGAAAAUGAUGAUGAAUUCGUUACGUUCGCUGGUGAAGAAGAUAAGGUGAAGGACGCAAUUGCAUAUGCUAGAUCAUCCUCGAAGCAAUUUUCUGUUGAUACUCUAGAUAUUGCGAAAUCCCACUCAAAGAAUCUUGAUCACGCCAAGAACUUGAUUUUAUACUUUACCAAGUAUCCUGUUUUGCAAAGCUUACAGAAAAGCCACCCUAACAUCAAGCUUUGCUUGCCAACCCCAGCUGAGUUGAGUAAAUCAGAGAAAGAGGUCAACAUAAAGAUUAGCGCUAGAACUGAAGAAUCCGGCGAUCUGAAGACUGUCCGUAAGGAAUUGAUCGGUUUGGUAAAUGCUAUUACCCCAGCCGACACUUUGACCAUCACAGAUUUAGAUUACGAGCUAUUUCAUAAAUCUAUUUUCCAUACCCUUUCGACUACUGAACCUGACGUUCCAUUUGUUCAGUUGGGGGACUAUUUCCUCAACAGAGAUGAAGUCGUUCUAUAUGCUCCUUCGUCUACCGAUGACUUCAAGCCAUCUCCAGAGGAAAUUAAGGAAAAUUUGGAAAAAGUUUCCAGUAACCUGGACCCUCUACGUGCUAAAUUGCAAAGUAUGGACACCAAGGUUUUUGAUUUCGCAGCUGAGAACCAAGAUUCAUUGUUUUCCGAUGGGAAGGUAACAUAUAUUCUACUUUCCAAGGCUAUUGCUAGUGGGAAUGAUCACAUGCAAAUCAAGUUACAUACUCCAACUGCCGACCAAAUGACAAUUAGAGGAGAUGCAAAUGCUGUUAAGCAUGGGUCGAAGAUUAUUGGAGAAAUUAUUGAAAACCCAUCAAAUGAAUCUAAGGCAACUAUCGAAGUUCCUUCAAAUGUCAUCUCUAGAUUGAUUGGUAACAAGGGCUCUCACGUGCAACAACUUCGUGAAAGAUUUGAUUGUCAAAUUGAUAUCCCAAGUUCGAAUGAUAACGACGAGAAAACCCCUGUUGAAAUCACAUUGACUGGUCAGCAGUUCAAUAUAUCGUGCGCAAAGAAAGAGAUUGCGGCAGACGCCAAGAAAUUAGCCGACACAAUCACCAAAGAAUUGCUUGUUCCAAUCAAGCUGCACCGUAGCAUGAUUGGUCCAAACAAUGUGUACCGUAACAAGUUGCAAGAAAAAUAUGGUGUCUCUAUAUACUUCCCAAGAGAUAGCGAAGUUGUUACGAUUAGAGGUCCAUCUCGCGGUGUCAAGCAAGCUUACGAAGAGCUAUCCUCUUUGUUGGACUUUGAAAGAGAAAAUGGACAUAAGGUCCAGGUUCCUGUUCCCGCUGAACAUGUUCCAAGAAUUAUCGGUAAAAACGGUGAUAACAUCAAUGAUCUUAGAGCCGAAUUUGGCGUCGAGCUGGAUUUUUUGCGUAAAGCAGGUGACGAAAAAGCCAAUGAUACCGGUGCCAUCGACUUGGAAAUAACUGGUACUAGGACCGCAAUCAAGGAAGCUGCCGCAAGAGUGGAGCAGAUUAUUGCCGAGGUCAGUGACUUUACCACUGCAACCCUGGAUGUUGAUCACGAAUACCUAAGAGCCAUUAUCGGUACUCGUGGUGUCACGUUAAGGGACAUUAUUUCGAAAUCUGGUGGUGACGAAAUCAGAGGCAAAUCUGUUGAUAUUCCAAAUGCAAACUCUGAGAGCAACACCAUCACUGUCCAAGGUCCAAAAGACUUUGUUGACAAGGUUAUCAGCGCCAUUAAAAAGAUUGUCGAGGUAGCCGAGAAGAGUGAAACUAAAGAGUUAGACAUUCCAAAGGACAGACAUGGUGCUCUAGUCGGUCCAAGUGGUUCGAUCAGGAGAAACUUGGAAAGUGAGUUCAAUGUUAUUAUUAGAAUUCCAAAUAGAGACGAGGAAGGUCCUGUCACUAUAACUGGUUUACCUGAAGACAUUGCAAAGGCGGAGAAGGAAGUUUUCGAAAAGAUUUUGAAGGAUGACUUCGAUGUCGAAAUUGAAGUUCCAGCUUCUGUUCAUGAAUUUGUCUCCGAACGUGGUGCUAUUAUCCAGAGGUUAAGACUAGAUGAAUUCGUUAACGUUAAACAUGGCAACACCUCUAGAAGGGCUCAACAAAUCAACCGUCGCCAAACUGCUAUCCCAACUGAAAGGGUGCUACCUGCCAACGACGAGGAGAAGAGCAAAAAUAUUAAGGUUGUUGUUGAAGAAGUCGGUGCCGCUCAGGACGAAUCAUUGGAAGGUAUCAUUUCUUGGAGAUUAACCUACGAGCCGAUUGAUCUAACUGGAAUUUUGGACGAUGAUGGAACUAAUGAUGAAUCUGGUAAAGAGAAGAAAAACAACGCUGAAUCCGAGUCUAAGAACUCUGCAAAGAAAGCCGCAGCGCUAGAAAAGGCCAGCGCGAUCAUUACUGACAGGAUUUCAAAGGCUGCUGAAGCCACCUACGCGGGGUAUAUCUGGACGUCCGAUCCAAAGAAGUUCAACAAAGUUGUUGGUCCAGGUGGUUCCAACCUGACGAGGAUUAGAACGGCCACUGGUGUCAUCAUUAACGUCCCAAGGAAAAAUGACAAGGUCAACGAUGUCGUUUACAUUAGAGGUUCUAAAGAAGGGGUCGAAGCUGCUAUAGAAAGAGUGACAAAAUCUCUAAAAUAA